UAUAGGAAUGAACUAAACAUUACAUAACAUUGUGUUAUCUACAAUAAGAAUACGUUUUAUGAUAUAAAUUCAAUUUAGAAAAUGACGAAAAAUUAAUUAUUUAUUUCUUUAAUUAUCUGAACUAUAUUAAAACCAUUUAAUAGUAAGGUUAUCUCGUAUAUAUUGGUUCAGAUUUCUAACUGCUUGUUAGUGUUUUGAAAAGAAGAAUAGAAUAAAAACUUUAUUAACAAGAUCUAAAAUUUUAAUUUAUAAUUACUCACUGUAAGUAUGUGUUUAUCAUUAUACUUUUUUUUCUAUGGCGAUAGUGAAGCAACAUACCCCAUCUAAUGUUCUCAACGAAAAUUCAUUACUUCAUUCAACUAAAUGUUUGAUGUAAAAGUAUGAUUGAUGUAAAUUUUAUGAAAAAAAUUUCAGAAAUUCAGUAAAGUCUACACUUUGAAAGGUUACUUCAAAUUCACAACAAAAAAGGUUCUAAUAUGGACUCAAUAUAUUAUUUACCUAUUUUGGAAAAAGAAUUAGAAGAGUUAAUAGCAAAGGCCAAAAAUUGGGCACUUAUGCAUGGAAUGUGCAUGAGAUCAAAAACAAAUUUUAAUAAGAAUACGCUACAAUUUGCACCGUUCAUAUUAAUACCAUCCCCAUUUCCUAGGAAAGAAUUUGAGAACGCUUGUCAGAUUCAACCAAAAUUAAACUUAUUGAUACAUAGGGUUGCUCAGGACUAUAACUUCUUAAAAGAAACUUUAGAAGAAAUAAUAAAAGUUGAUAGUUUCACUAAAGAGUUAUUUAAAAUAUGUGAAAUUAUAAACAAUGAAGGAGGAUCAGCACAGAAAAUAUCUCUGGGUAUUUUACGUUCUGAUUUAAUGUUAGAGACAAACUGUCAUACAAAAGACUGUAACAAUACCUGUAUUCCAUACUGUGGUUGGAAACAAGUUGAAAUAAAUACAAUUGCUUGUGGUUUUGGUUGGUUGGGGCCAGCUGCAACAAAGUUACACAAAUAUGUAUUAAGAGAACUUGAUUAUCAUGAAAAAAUAAAAGAUCUGCCUAAAAAUGAUGCAUUACAAGUUAUAUGUUCAAGUAUAAUAGAAGCAUGGAAUAUGUAUGGUGAUAGACGAGCAGUAAUUUUAUUUGUUAUUGAAGACAUUACAUAUAAUAUUUGUGAUCAACUUUUUCAUGAAUUUGAGAUUAGAGAGCAAAAUCCAAAUAUCAAAGUCAUUCGUCGGAAUUUAACGCAGUUAGCUACUACUGCAAGAUUGGGUUCUAAUAAGGAAUUGAUAGUAGAUAAUUAUAUCAUAGCUGUAGUAUAUUAUAGAUGUGGAUAUGAGCCUGGACAAUAUCAUACAAGAAAAGAAUGGGAAGUAAGAUUACUAAUAGAAAGAUCUUUAGCAAUUAAAUGUCCUACUAUUCAGUAUCAUUUAGCAGGAACAAAAAAAGUUCAGCAGGCUCUUGCAAAGCCUGGUAUAAUUAAUAAAUUUUUGAAAAAUGAAAAGAUAUGUGCUGAAAUUAAAGAAAUAUUCACUGAACUCCAUGCAUUAGAUUUUAAUGAACAUGGAAACGCUGCUAUAGAAAUGGGGAUUGCUGAUCCAGAUCGAUUUGUACUGAAACCUCAACGAGAAGGAGGUUGUAAUAAUAAAUAUGGAUUAGAUAUAAAAUCCUUUUUAGAGUCUGUAAAACAUAAACAAGAUAGGGUAGCUUGGAUUCUUAUGGAUAAAAUUCAUCCUCCAAUUCAUAGAAGUUACAUGAUUAGACCAGAUGACAAUGCAAACAUAAAACUACAAGAACUAGUUUCUGAAUUAGGAAUAUUUGGUACUAUUAUUGCUGAUGAGAAUAAUGUACGUGUUAAUAAACAAGCUGGUCAUAUGUUGAGAACAAAGUUAGCUACUGCUAACGAAGGUGGUGUAGCAACAGGAUUAGGUGCAUGUGAUAGUCCAUAUUUAGUAGAUUAGGAAAUUUAUAUACUUAAAAAUGUUUUUAUAAACAUAUUAUAUUUUAACUGAAUGUUGUAAGUCACGAUCAUCUUUAAUUAAUUUAUGGCAUUCCUAUGUAAUGAAUAGCAAUGUAUUUUUCUUUGCUCAUAGUUAAAACUGAAAAAAAAAAUUCAAUUUUUACUUCUUUUUUCUAAUCUAUAUAUGAAAUAUAUAGUAUAUUUAUGCAAUAA